GGGUAGCACGCCACUGAGCUUGUGUUGUGUUUUUGUUUUGAAGAUCGGAUUUAUUUGAGUAUCGGAGCUAUUUUCUGCUAAAGACCAUGGCUGCUCUCUGCAAGCUCCUUCGAGAUUUAAAAAAGUACAACCCGAAUUUCUUUAGGCAAUUUGGUAAAACCAUUGGUAAUGAAAAUAGAAAUAUCCCACGAAAUAUCUAUUUACCAUUUACAAGUGUUGUCACUGGAGGAAUUGCUUUAUUAUAUGCCACUUUAAAAUUUCAAUCCUUUGGAAAAGUUUAUGCAGCCCAAUUAAAAAGCGAUGAAGAAACGAAAACUGUCAAAUUAACAUCAAGAGAAAAGAGGUUUAUUCGAUUCGCCUCUGUGGAGUUUGAUGGACAACUAUAUAUGACACCUCAAGAUUUCUUGGAAUCAGUUGUUGAGGCUGAGCCAAGGCCCAGAUUUAAAAGGAAAGUUCUAAAUCAAAAGGAUAUUGAAAAACUUAAAGACUACACACCAACAUUAAGUCAAGGCAGUCCCCAUAUGUUUCGAGCCUUAAGAGAUAAAGGUAUAAUUUCCUACACAGAAUAUUUAUUUCUUCUUUCCAUUCUGACAAAGCCUCAAUCAGGCUUCCAUAUAGCCUUCAACAUGUUUGACACUGAUGGAAAUCAACGAGUUGACAAAAAUGAAUUUCUUGUGAUUGAAAAACUUUUGGCUGGUAAAAAAUUUGAAGACUCUGAACCUAUGGAAAAAAUAUUUAGCCAUGCUUGGAAAGGAAAAAGGGGAUUGACGCCGGAAGCUGAGCCCUUAGAAUCGACACCAGUUCAAGAACAAUAUGUGAAUGAUGAUCAAGGCUUACAAAGAAGACAUAUUGUGAAUACAACUUUGUUAAUUCACUUUUUUGGCGCUAAAGGCAAUUCGGACCUAAACUUUGAGAGUUUCAGAAAAUUUAUGCUUCACUUACAGACUGAGGUUCUAGAAUUGGAGUUUAGUGAGUUUUCCAAAGGCUUACCUACGAUUUCUGAAAUUGAUUUUGCAAAAAUUUUGCUUAGAUACACAUAUUUGGAUACCGACGAAUAUGACAUGUAUCUAGACCGACUUUUGGAUAGAAUUAAGGAUGCUCAAGGAAUUACUUUUGAGGAAUUUCAUGUGUUUUGUCAGUUUUUGAAUAAUCUGGAAGAUUUCAGUAUUGCUAUGCGCAUGUAUACCUUAGCGGAUCAUCCCAUUUCAAAAGAUGAAUUUCAUAGGGCUGUGAAAAUAUGUACAGGUACAAACUUAAGUCCACAUUUGGUAGAUACAGUAUUUGCCAUCUUUGAUGAGGAUGGUGAUGGAUUAUUGAGUUACAGAGAGUUUAUAGCAAUUAUGAAGGAUCGAUUGCACAGAGGAUUUAAAUCCUAUGCCAAAAACGAAGGUUGGCAAGCCUUCAAGAUCUGCGUCAAACAAGAAAUGAAAUCAACUUAAAAUGUCCUAAUAAGAACUAUCGGAGCAGCUCCCCAGAGACGAAAACAUCACAUCGUCGUACUUGGUGGAAACGCAUACCUAUCCUGAAGUUAACCGGUCAUUUUUGCAUUGGGAGGAUGACACGUAUAGUGACACAAGUCUGGUUAAAAAUCUUGCAUAUUUUAUAUCUUGUCAUAAUCCAUAUCUCUAUAUAUUUCCACGGCGGUUUGAGUAGAGGAUAUUGCUUGAUUUCCCGUUAUUAUAGUUUUUGAUUUUUUUAAACCUACCUCUCUUGUUAUAUUUAUGUAUGUUAUAUGAAGUUUUGGUCAAUUGACCGCCAUUUUGCUGGUUUUGAUUUAUUAUUGAAAUUAUUUUCCUAUAUUCUUAUUGAAUUAAUAAUUGUAAUUUAAAUUUGUCAAACCGUUCUCAUCUAGAGAGAAGAGGUUACAACAUUUUUGAAGUAUUAUAAUUUAUUUUUCAAAGCGAUUUCCCGAAAUCCGAAAUAGACGAUACGAUCAUAGCAAUUUGACUGGGGUCAAUUGUUCAAAGCUUGACUAAUGUUAUGUAAGUUUAUUAUUAGCAGAUGCAGAUCCUAAUAAGAUAAUGCCAAAAUAUAAUUAAUAUUAUUGUAUUUUUAAAGCUGGCUUCCCAUGGCACGUGAUAUUCGCAAGCCGGGUUUCGCCAGCACGCGCCAGCGCUCCAUGGGAAGGGUGCUUCUCGAGCUAGCACAUGAUGAUCCGUGAUGGCGCGACCGAUCCGUCGAAAGUCGGUGGCUUCAAACGCGCGAGUCGGCGCAGCGUGUGCGGGCACGCGUAGGCCUGCGAUAUCACGAGCGGUGGGAAGCCAGCAUAAGACUGAAAUGAAGAGUGAGCGAUAAAAUUAUUUAACAAAAAAAAAGUUUCGUUUGUCCAUGAAUAUUUUUAUUCUCAAGCGGGUUAGCUUACAAUUAAGGUUAUUGUUCUUUUUUCCUACCUCAACCCUACCGAUAAAUGAAAAGAAAUAACAGGAAUUUAGUAAAAGAUGAUCUUGCAUGUGUUUUCCAAUAACUAGCCUAGCUUUCAAAAUAAAUAUUAUUAGGGCUCAACAAAUUUAAUUAUUGGAUAAAGUAAAAAAAAAAUCGGAAAUCUAGGGAAGUCUGCUCCUUCGGAAGGUACAAUGAUCGGAAAUUUGAUUAAAAAUGCAUCUAAAUUUCUUAACGAAGUUUCAUGUAUGUCCCCCUGAAAUUACAUCAUUGCACAACGCCAGUUUAUGCUUCACCUCUGUUAUUUCUAUUCAUCUAUUUUUCACGGUGUUCUAUUGAUGCCAUAUGUAUUAUAGUAAUGUUUGCAACAAAGCUAGUCAUGUUUUAAUGGUAUGCCACUAUUCAAUAAUGUUAAAUAUUUUUAUUUAUGUUUGUUGUUGUUUUUGUGAUAAUAUUGGAAUGUAUGUCUUAAUGUGGUUUUGCUAAAUCCAGAAAAUAAGUAAAAUAUUAAGUUUUCCAUAUAGGUUUGGUCUUUAUAUCGUCAUUUUUUUCUUGGAAAUAAUAAGCAAAAAUCCCAUAUCCCAUAUGAUAUAGAGUUUAUAAUGGUGACACUGUAUGAUAUAUGUGAUGUUAUCUACUUUCAAUUAUUAUAAGUACUUCGGCAGUUUUUUUGUUUUAUAUUAGUUCCACUUUUGCCUGGAGACUGUCGUUUAAAUUUUGAAAUGGUCUAUAAAACAAAAUAAGUUGGAAUGAUUUUUAAAUUUUAGCAAAACCAUUAACACAUACAUUCGUGAAAUGGAUUGUUCAAAUAAUAGUUAGUGUAAUAAUAUAAUAUUAUCUAGUCAUUAAGUGAUGUUCUUGUCAUUGCCAUUGCGUCUAUUGCUUCUAAUUUGUUCAAUCGUUAUUGUCUGUGCCAUAUUUAUUUAAUAAAUAAAUGCCUGUGAUGUUAUUUUCU